CAUUUUGAGAAUUGAUGCACCAUUGCCACUGUAAUUGCUGUCCUCUAAUUUAGGUACUGAAGAACUUAAUAUUGACAACAUUUUUAAAACCUUACUCAUACUUGUUGGGAGGGAUGUACAAUGCAUAUCCCCAAACUGUGGAAAGGACACCUUUUUUUAUUUGUAAAGGUGGAAAAACUUUGGAACUCAUUUUGGGCUAUUCAUGUUAAAUAAUCAAUACCAAUGAUCUACUCUGUUCUUGGUUGUUUAUAUCUACUCUUGGCACACUAAACUUUGGUAUUUUGAUUCCUUUUAACCAUUUAAAACUACUUUUCUUAUAGGUAGUUGAUAUUUUAAAAACCUUAGAUUUAAUGUCUACAUGUGUUAUGGAGGAACAAAAUUGCCUUUUAAUUGUUUAUAAGAAAACCAAAUGUGAUGAACUGUAGCCCAAGCCCUAUUCUGUCUGCACUGUUCAAUUUUAUGGAGGAAAAAAAAUCUACCAUAGGAAUGCUAGUUAAUAUUGAUACAUCAUGGUAUAAUUUAUUUCUCACUAGCUUAGAAAAUGUCAAACUUUUGUUUUUUGGGUUUAUUCUAUGAUUUAUAACCAGUUAUGCUAUUUUUUCAUAAAGGCAUUUGUAGCACACAGAAAACAGUAUGUUUGAGUAGCAUAAUAGAGUUUAUACAGGCCUUAAAAAUAAGACUGUUUAUAACAGGUAGAAAUAUUACAGAAUAAUUUAAGACACUACAAUGGGGGCAAAUGAAAUACGAAAAUUUUUGUUGAGUUACCUGUACUCGUUACAUUUGCAGUGCUUUCACAAAGAAAAAAGGAGAUAUGUUUAAUUUUAACAUUUUAAUUCUGUGGCUCUUGCCCUUAUAUGACUUUAAUGUCUGUGAGUCAUUCCCAGCUUAAAUGAACAAUUGUUAAUAUUAGUAUCACAUAAGUGCCAUACAUUCUAUCCUCAUAGGUGUGAUACACUGAAAAGUUAGUUGCUUUCCUUUUUUUUCUGUUUUUUUUUUUUUUUUGUCUUGCAUAUUUUAUUUCUGUAGUUUCUGGUUAGCUACCUUAAAGUGAUUUAAAAAUUUAGAAUGCUACGUGUUUCCUAUUUGGUAAUCUUCAUUGACUGUUCUUUAUUUAAUUAGUAUUAAAUAGUGCAUAUUCUGUACACUAUAGAGUUUACAUUGUGUUUGCAUCUUAUAACUUGUAUAGAUUGAGCUGACUGAAAUAAGAUUUUGUUCUGAGUAUUAUCUGGUAGAAUACAAGAUGAUUCAAAAUUGUAUAGAUAUUUAAAGCUUUUCUGCUGUUUUUUUUUUUUAAUUGCAACUGCUUUUCUGCCAUGCCUCUCUUCUCUACCCAAAGGUGAUGAGUUCUGAACAAGAUUGUCAUGUCGUAGAGACUUUGAUAUGUGAUACCAUAGAAUACAGAUUGGAUAGCCAUCCUACUCACUUACCGUUACUGACUAAAGUUUAACUCUUAAUUCUAAGCUAUCUUAAAAUGCAUAUAUACACUUCUUGCAUGUAAGAACAAAACAAAUUCAAGUUGUCAUGCUUGGUAAUUUCAGAUGCCACAGUAUAGCAGAGUGAACAUGUUUUCAACCCUUUAAUUUUUUAAGAUUUUUGAAGACCAAAUAAUUACUCUUUAAAUAAUAUUUAUCAAUGGAUUAAGAAGUAAAGUUUAAGAUUUUGCAGAUUUGUCAAUUUUGGUUAUUGUAUUGAAGUUGUCCUGCAGCUUUAUAAGUGUCCCUGUCUAUUUAAAUUUGAGAGUUGUAAGCACUAAUGUUAAUGUGAUUGAUCAGCAUGGGCAUAUGUAAAAUGUCCUUUUCUGGUUGCGCCUCUGUGCUAUUGUGUUCAGAUAUUACACCAUAAUUAAACAGUAAGGUAUAGAUCUUACUGAGUUUGGCAUAGAUAGUGCACUCAUUUAAUCUGUACCUCUCAAAACUUCAUAAUACUAGAAUAUUACCACAAAUAAUUUUUGGUGAAACUAUUGAGAUAUAUUAAAAUUUUUGAAAUCACUACUGUUAACCUGUUAUACAAAAUAGUGUAGGCUGAGUCUAGUUUCUAUGUAACUGGUUAAAUUUUGAUGGUUGUUUAUGCUCAACUGGAUAUGUAUAUGUAAAUUAGAAAAUACAUACCUAUCCAGACAUAAAUGCUAAGUAAUGUUUUUUUCUUCCUCCAACUGCAUAAUUUGUAGCUCAUCAUUUUUCCUUAAUCCUUUCCUAAUGUGUUGCAGCAGUUUGAAUUUCCCAAAUAUUUAUGUUUGGACGUAAUGGCUCAGAAUACAUAUUUGAACAUCAUAGUUGUAUAUAUUUUUAAAGUAGAAUAAAUAAUGGAAAGCAACUUGAUAUAUAAGUUUAUACUAAAAUUGCAACUGUGUGAAGAUACAUUUUAAGGUAUUACUUUGCUAAUAAUCUACACAUUUUUUUUUCUAUUAAACAAAUGGUUUGUGGUUCACAACUUUCAUCCAAGCUUGGUAGUAACUUUGAAAAUACAGUGGACUGAAAAGCAAAUUUAUUCUUUUAAAUUUCAUUUAAAUCUCUGUACGAUGCGUUUUUGUUUUAGUUUGUAAAUGUGUAACAUUUAUAGUUAAAUAGGACGAAGCAGGCCCUAUGACUAUUGUUUUCAAAAAUUAAAUUAAUAUAUGAAUAAUUCAGAGGGGUUUUUCAUUUACUUUUGAAAACAAGAAAUUUCUUUAACAGGAUUGCACCUACCAAUUUCUUGUAGAAUAAAAAAAAAAUCUUUCAACAAACUGACUUCACUCAUUUCUGUCAGGAUUUAAAUCUUUCUAAAGCUCCUUAGAAACUUAAAUCCUGGAGUACAGUUCUAUAAUGAGAGUGAUUAUUUAUUUGGUAUUUUAUUAAAAAAUAUCUGAGGGACUGUCCAAAAAAGAAAGUGAAAGAGAAAUACCACGUCUAUACUGCCUAAUUUUUAACCUCCUCUUUGCAUUCCUUACUGAAAGGUUGUGUAGUUCAAAGGCAUUUAAAUCAACAGUUGUUCCAAAGAGGUCUUAAUUUUUAAGUAAAUUAACUUUAGGUUGCGUAAUACCCAGUUGUAUCAGUGAUUUUCUUAAUAAUGUGGUCAGAGGGGACAGUCUGGUUCCUGGGCACAAUUCUCCAAAAACAACAGGGAAAUAACUAUAAAUAUAGGUUAACAUUUAUUGAAUGCUUACCUUGUGCUAGGUGCUGUGCUGAGUAUUUGUAUUGACAUAUUUAAUCUUUGCAAUGAUUCCAUGCAAUAAAGAUAUUACUCCCAUUUUAUAGAUGAGGAAACUGAGGCAUAGAGGGGUUCAGAAAUCUCAUCUCACACAGUAAUUAGCAGAGUUUGAAUAUGAACCAUAGCAGUCUGGCUCCAGAGCCCUCUUUCUCAAGCACUGUGUAAUACUGCCUUACAAAAAGACAAUUAAGGAUAGAUCUCUGAAGGCUUAGCUAUCUUGAUUUCACUAUAGCUCAGCAGUGGUUCAGUGCUUUGGCUUUGGAGUCACAGCCCAAUUCAAGUCAUGGUUGUGUGACUUUGGAUUUGAUUAACCAUAUAUUUCUGUUUUCCAUCUGCUGCUAAGGUGUUGCCAUCCGGUGUAAGGAGAAUGAAAUGUUUAUGAAACACUGAGGAUCAGUGCCUAGCAUAUACAAGCACUUAGUAAUUCUGUUUUUAUCAUUAGUCUAAUUCUGGUCUCUUGGUCUUUUUUAGUUCCUGAAGUCCUUACUAUGACUUCUAUUUAUGUGGCUCCUAUAUGAACAAUACAUGACACAACUAUGAAAGUGUUUGAAUGUCUGUCAUGUACAUAAUGGUCUGCUAGAAUUUUCAAAAAUUAAUAAGACAGGCUGGGCGCGGUGGCUCAUGCCUGUAAUCCAAGCACCGUGGGAGGCCGAGAUAGACAGAGCACCUGAGGUCAGGCGUUUGAGACCGGCCUGGCCAACAUGGUGAAACCCUGUCUCUACUAAAAACACAAAAAUUAGCGGGGCACGGUGGCGCCUGCCUGUAAUUCCAGCUAUUCGGGAGGCUGAGGCAGGAGAAUUACAUGAACCCAGGAGGCGGAGGUUGCAGUGAGCCAGGAUUGCACCACUGCAGUCCAGCCUGGGCUACAGAGCAGGACUUGGUCUGGAAAAAAAAAAAAAAAUGAGUAAGACAGUCUGACCACCAGGAACAUAACCUAGUUGGCGUACAUGGGAUAGCUGUAUGAGCAACUAAUGUUACACAGGUAAUGGAGCAGAAUGGACUCUAAGGGUGUACAAUAUUUACAGAGUACUAAAGGAAUAAGAGAAUAUGAAGGUCAGAAGACUUAUUCCUUAGGGAGUUUUACAUCAUCUCCCCACAGCAGAAGCCCUGGUUAUGUGACUAUGCCAGUAAUUGAGCGGUUUAUCUCCAGUUUAUGGAUAUGGGUAUUAACCAGUCCCUCUUGCUACAGAUUGAAAAACACGUUCUUUAAUUUUGUUAACAGUAAAAGUGAUAUUUGAUCUCCUGACUAACUUUUCCAUCUCAGGAAUUUCCAAAUUCUGGAGGAAAAUACAAGGAUGUUAUCCUAUUUUUAUCAUUAGGAAGCAGCUUCCUUGCUGAAAUUUAGAUACAAAAGUGACACUGGUCUGGCAUACUCUGUUUUUAAUGCUGGAGGAUUCCUCAUGAUCACUACUAUCUUGAAAAGGCAACAGCGUAAGAAUUUGAUAAGUAAUUGUUCAGAUACCAAAGUCUGCCCAUAAUUCCAUCAUUCUUUUUGGUGUAUUUCAGUUUUUAUAGAUAUUUUUGUAUUUUUUAAAGAAAUUGGUAUUGUACUGUCCAUAACAAAUUUUUACACUUUUACAUUUGUGAAAUUAUAUAGAAGACCACAUUCGGGAUGUACAAUUUAAUGAGAAGAAAAGUUAUAAAACAGAUACUCAUAUAUCCAAUGCUCAGGUAAAGAAAUAUAACAUUGUGAAUACCUUAGAAAGCUCCUAUGUAUCCUUUCCUGGUCAGUUUCCUGAAUCACCUCAAGAGACAUGAUAACCAAUGUUCUGCUUGUAAUGCAAAUAAUCUUUUCUUCGUAUUUUUACCAGUUAAGUAUACUAGUUCUCACAUUUUUUUCUAAUUGCGAAAUCAUCAUAAACUGAUAUUUUUGUAAAUACACAAUCAUGUACUUGAAUGUACUGGCACUGUCAGAUUACUGUCAGCAUUUCUAAAGUUUAUGCAUGUUUACUCACUUUAUGUGCUUCUCUCUCCAUCAACCAAUGACAGGUGAUCAGUAUAGGAUCAGUAUGGGACCACAUUUCGAGUAGUACGGAUGUCUGCAUUCCUUAAAAGUAGUCUAACAAUCAGAUAGAAGUAAACAUUAAUAAAAUUUAAUAAAGUAUUAAAUUAUAUUUAAUAAAUAGAAAUGUCACUUUUCUGUGACUUGCUGAACAUUUAGCAUCAUCCAUGAUGAUGCAUAUCGCUAUAGUUUUUGUUUUAUCAUUAAUAUACCACCGUUAUGUAUCUCUUCCGUGAAGGCAUUUGGAUCAUUCUGCCUUUUUUGCUAUUUCGAACAAAGCCACUAUGAACAUCCCUGUAUAUAUGUCAGGUUGUACAUGUGUAUGAUCUCUUGAGAAUACAUCUAGCAAUGGAAUUGGUGAGUCAUAUAUGUAUCUUGAAAUUUACUAGGUAAUACCUAACUUUUCCAAAGUAAUUAAUCAGUGCUUUCACCAGCAGCAUUAGAAGGUUCCACAUUUGUAAAACUUUGGAAAAUCUGGGCUUGUAAUGGUACCUCAUUGUUGCUUAAUUUGCAUUUCCAUGAGGUUAAUUAUUUUUUUGUUCAAAUUUACUAUUUGGAUUUCCCCUUUUUGCUAAGUUGCUGUUUAAAUCAUUUGUCCAUUUUUUAAAAUUUGACUUUUUUAAGUUAAUAAAAUUCCUUCAUGUACCAAGAAUACUUAAUCAUUUGGUUAUAACUGUUUCAAAUGUCUUCUCACAGUUUAUCUUUCUGCUCCUAGUGAAAUUUAUCCAUGUUUUUCUAUAUUUUUGGUGUGUUUGUCUUGUUUAAAAAAAUACUUCCCUUAGGUCAUGAAUAUCUUCUAUACUGUGUUCUAAAAUAUGUGUAGUUUUGUCUUCUACUUAAAUUGAAUUUUAUUUUGUGGGUGAGGUAGGUAUCCAGGUUCUUUUUUUCCCCCUUCAUUUCUUGAAAAACCAUCUUUCUCAAUUGGUUGAACAUGCCAUUUCUGUCAUCUGUGAAAUGCUCAUAUUUACAUGAGUCUGUUUUUGGGCUCUCUUUUAUUACAUUGAUCAGUUUGCCCAUAUAUCAGUAACACACUGUUGCAGCUUUUAAGUCUUGAUAUUUGGUAAAAUAAGUCUUUUUAUAUCUUAUUCUUCAAGAUUUUGGCUGUAAUCAGUUCUUUGAAUUUUUAUACAAAUUUUGGAAUUUCAACAAAACAAAAUUGUUGGGAUUUUGAUUGGGAUUGUAUUUUACCUGUGAACAAAUUCUUUAUAAUAGGGCAUUUUUUGGUGAGUUAAUUUCUUUCCAUUGUAUCUUUGAAUAAAAUCAUAAUUGUCUUCAUAGAAAUACUGUAUACAUAUACUUCAUUAAUUUUACUUUCUUGUAUCUUUAUGUUUUUGAUGCUAUCAUUAUAAAUGAUAUCUUUUAAGUUUUUAAUUUUUUGUUGGUAUGUGGAAAAACUUUAAUUUUUCCAUUCAGCAAACUUGCAAAAAUCUUCUGUUAAGUCUAGUAAUUUAUACAUUCUUUUGCACUUUCUAUAAGUAAUGAUAGAUUUGUCUGUCAUUCUAUUCUCCCUUUCUUUACUUUUUCUUGCCUAAUUACAUUUGCAGGGACCUCCAGUAUAAUGUUGAAUAGGUUAUGUGUAGGCAUUCUUGUUUUGUUUCUGUUUUCUGGGAAUGCUUUCAAAGUAUCCUGUAAGCAUUUUAUGGUAUUUUUAUUAAAUUUAGAAAUACUCCACCUAUCUUUAGUUUGCUUAGAGUUUUUUAUAAUCAUAAAUGAUAGAAAAUUUUGAAUUUUAUUAAAAAGCUCUAUUGAGAAAAUCAUGAUUUUUCUGCCUUUAUUCUCUGAAUGUGGUCAGUUACAUGAACUGGAUUCCUGUUGUUAAGCCAGCCUUUUCUUCCUAGGGUAAAAACAACCUGGCAUGAUGUGGUUUAUUUUUAAUAGCUGGAUUUCUUUUAAGAUUUUUGCUUAAUAUCAAGCCUGGUUUAGCCUCAUAAAGUGAGUUGGAAAGUGGCUUUCUUUUCCUGUUUUCUGGGAAAGCUUGUAUAUAAUAUUUACUUCUUCCUUGACUAUUAGAAAUUGUAGGUAAAGUGUGCUUCCGGUCUGGUGUCUUCUUUAUAGGAUGCUGAUUCAAUUUCUUUUUAUUAAUAAGGUUGAGCUUUUCUGUUUCUUAUGUAAUAUUGGUAAAUUGCAUAUUCCUAUGAAUCUUUCCAUUUCGUCUACACUUUCAAAUUUAUUAGUACUGUGUUUUUCUUGUAUACUUAACAUAUGCCAGAUCUGUAAGGAUGGUACCCUUUGUAUUCCUUGUAUCUUUUUUCCUUGACUAGUCUUGCCAGAGGUUUAUCACAUUUAUUACAAGUUUUUUUUAAAGCCAGUAUUUUUGUUUUUCUUCUUUGUUGUAUUCUUUUCUGUUUUAGUGAUUUCAGCUUUUUCUUUCCAUGUUAAUUUGCCAUAUUGUAGUGGAUGGUUAGCUCCUCAAAUUUUCGACUUUCUAUUCUCAUUUACAUACUUAAAGCUAUAGAUUUCCAUCCAAGUGCUAUUUUAUCUCUUGUUUUAGUUUUCUAUGCUGAGUAACAAAUUACCAUAGAUUUACUGGUUUAUAACAGUAUAAUUUUUUUAUCUUACAAUUUCUUGGGGUUAAGAGUCUCCGCAUGGCUUAACUGGGUCUUCUGCUUCGGGUCUCAUAAGACUGCAGUGAAGUCAGCUGAACUGCAUUGUCAUCUGGAGCUCACAGUUCUCUUCUAACUUAAUCAGGUUGUUGAUAAAAUUUAGUUCCUAGAAGCUGUAGAACUGAGGUCUUCAGCUACUUAGGGCUGCUCUUCUAUAUAAGCAGUGCACAACAUGACUUUUGCCUUUCUAAAGUCAGCAAAACUUGUGACUAGAAUCUGUUUCAGAGAAGGCCAGAAAGAGUUCACUUGGUUAGGUCAGAAUCACCUGGGAUAAUCUCCCUUUUGAUAAAGUCAGAGUCAACUGAAUAGUCACUGCUGUGAUGGCCACUUGGUAAAUGGGCCCAUUAACCAAGCCCUGGGUUGGCUGGAGAAAAAGACUGACAUCCACCAAACAAUUCAUCUUGUUCCCCUUAUUGCAAAUCUCCACCUGAUGCAUCCUGUUAGGCACUUAUGUGGGACAUGAAUAUAUUAACAUGAUCUCACUACUCUAAGAGGCUUAUCUUUAAGUCUAACCAACAGAUCUUUUACAAAUUUUCCAUUUCAUUUUUCCAAGAACCUAAAAGCUGCAUGACCUAUUAGACACUGCCUAUAAGUCAGUAUAUUUAUCAGUUUGUCAGGUCAUCCCCUCCUUUCUUGAAUGGGAAUAACCAAGUUUAUAGCUAGAAAUUGCCCACCAGGAAGAUUCCCUGUCCCCAUAUCAAUGCACGGAUCAGAAAUUGUCUCACUUCUAAAUGUAGAAGGAUUGAUGGAGCUAAAAAAUUACCACCUGCCAAUCAUCACAAUACUAGCUGAUCCACGCAAGAAUCAUUGAUGGAUGUAAAACUUAGUGGGUGAAAGUGUGCUGAACAGAAUUCUUACAUGGUCUCACAGUAUCUCCUCAUAAAUUGCUUAUAAAUAACACAGAAAAAUAGUAACUUUACAUUGAAGAAACCUGGCUGCCAACCCCUUGAUCAAAUGAUCAAUGUUCACCUCACCAGUAAAAGGACAAAUCAGUAUCAUGUACUUCGUGACAUGAUAUGCUUAGAAGUACAAAGCAUCCUUUCUAUGCUAUUCUAAUGCAUAACCUAAAUCUGAUCAAGGGAAAACAUCAGAGAAACUCAAAUUAACAUUCUCCCAAAUAAAUGUCCCAUACUUUUCAAAAAUGCCAAGGUCGUGAGUGGCAAAGAAAGAUUAGAAGAACUACUUUAGACUGAAAAAGGUAAAGGGACAUGAAAAUCAACACUACGUGUGUUCCUGGACUGGAUAGACUAAAAUUUAGAAAAAGUAAAAAAAAAAAAAAAAGAGAAAUUGUCUCACUUCUUUACGUAUCUGUCUCCCAGAUUAGACAAUAAAAUCUCCAUGAGAACUAGGACUGUGCCUGCUGUUCACACAAUAUCCCUAAUGCCUAGCACAUAGAAUGUAAUCUAAAUAUAUGUGGCAUAAGUGACUGAUGCAUUUUCUUGAACAUUUGGAGAGAAAAUGUUAAGCAAUUAAACUUGUAACCAAUUUAUUUUUUAGUACAUGUGACUAUAUUAUGAAGAACAAUGCAAAAUUUCGAGCAAUUUAAAAGAAGAUGGAACACUUCAAGUAAAUGUGCCCUUGACACUAGUGACUUCAGGUUCUUUUAUGCAUGUGACCUAAGUGGUGAAUAGGGAAGUACAUGUUUAUGGAAUCUGUCAUGGGUGGUAUUUCAGUGGAAAAGCUUAAAAAGCAUUGAUUUUGCAGGGUUGCCAGAGAAAGAGGAACAGGCAGAGGAAACUGAAAGAAUGUUAACAAGCAGGAUGAGCAUAAAGGCAAAGUGGGGCUGUCAACAUCAAGGAAACAGUGUUGGAAGACAACGGUCAACUUUGUCAAUCCCCAAAGAGAGACUCCCAGGGAAAAUGAGGGCAACAAAAGGAUCAAUUGGAUUUAGGAGGCCACUGUUUACCCAAAGAGUUUAGGUAGAAUUGUUGGGAGGUGGAGCAGUUGGAGAAUCAACUGUUGGAUAAUGAAUUGUGUUGACAUGGUACAUAAUAGGGCAUUUCUGACUACAUUGCAGCACACCAAGUAACUACUACCUGAAGUGCCUACCUUCAAUAAGCCGUCCUAUUGUUGGAUGGGGAAAGGGAGGAAAUAAUUCUUAGCUUUACCUGUACUGUGUUUCUGAGACACAGGUAUGGACCUUCACUCCGAAUUUAUUAUCCAUGGUCUCAUCUGAGAUUCAGUAACUGGGUCUCCUUUGGCAGGGAGUAGAGAUUGCCUGAGAAUUAAAAGGGGAGGGAGAUUUCUGAACUGGGGCUCUUAGAUUAUGACUAGGAUUGGGUGCCUGAGGUAGCAAUGGUAAGAUCGAGUUUGGGGCUUUAUAAGGCUUCUUACGCUUUAUUUACGUAAUUGCUUUUUUGUUCUCUCUUGAUAUUCAGUGGCGUUUCAAUCUGUUCGGCUGUGGAGAACGAACUUGAAAAAAGGGAUCUUUCCCAGGGUAGUUUUUGGGGGCAGGGACUGAUGUGCUGCACACUCUAGUCAGGGGUAGGGUUGGCUGCGGUAGUCAAGUGAGAGAGCCGUAAAGGGACAGGAAAAGUCAAGAGACUGUCUUAGGGAACCAGGAGAGUCUCUGUACCUCCGAAGGGUCUAGGGGUUUGUCUGGUCUGUAAGGGGCAAACGCGGUGGAAUUCCUUUCCAGACUUUUCUGGCCCUUGACGUCCGGCUUUGGGGGGUACAUGCCAAAGAAAAAAAAAAAGCAGGGAGAGUCCACUAGCCUUGGUGACAGUUCCCCAUUGCGGUUUCCCCUCCUCCAUCCUUUGCGAGCUCCUUCCUUCUACCGAGUGUUCCCGCCACGUUAACCCCUGACUCGCAGCUGUACUGCCCCGGCCCUCAGCGCCACGUCCCGGGUGGGGCCUGCCUUGGCAAUGCAGCAGCCCGCCCUCGAGCGACCCCUCGAGAGCGGCGCGGCAGGUGCCGACAGCAGUCAGGCCUGGUGAGCGAAGACCUCCAAGGGCUGAGGCAGCGCGUCUGCAAAGGCGUGGGGCCGCCGACUCACGAGCGAACUGCUCCGCGAGCGCGAAGGGGUGCAGGCUGCGGUGGCAGCGGGGAUGGGUUUGCUGCCCGCCGCGUAGGAGGCGCCCCAGCCUCUCAACGCCCGGGGCAAGACGCCCACCGCCUGGUCGCCCUGCGCCGGAAGGGAAGACGCAAGAGCCGCGCGCUCACCAGCAGAUUGAAAAGAAAUGCUGAGAAAUACAUAAAGUUUUCCUCUCCUGCCUUGGAUAUUUAUAAUGGGUAUCGGGAAGUCCAAAAUAGAUUCCUGCCCUCUUUCUCUCUCUUGGGGUAAAAGGCACAGUGUGGAUACAAGUCCAGGAUACCAUGAGUCAGAUUCCAAGAAUUCUAAAGAUGUGUCCUUGUGUGAUGUUGCUGAGCACAGCAAUUCAACAGAGGGGACAACAGGAAAGCAGGAGGGACCUCAGAGCGUGGAAGAGAUGCUUGAAGAAGCUGAAGAAGAGGUGUUCCUCAAAUUUGUGAUAUUGCAUGCAGAAGAUGACACAGAUGAAGCCCUCAGAGUCCAGAAUCUGCUACAAGAUGACUUUGGUAUCAAACCUGGAAUAAUCUUCGCUGAGAUGCCGUGUGGCAGACAGCAUUUACAGAAUUUAGAUGAUGCCGUAAAUGGAUCUGCAUGGACAAUCUUAUUACUGACUGAAAACUUUUUAAGAGAUACCUGGUGUAAUUUCCAGUUCUAUACGUCCCUAAUGAACUCUGUUAACAGGCAGCACAAAUACAACUCGGUUAUACCCAUGCGGCCUCUGAACAACCCCCUCCCCCGAGAAAGGACUCCCUUUGCUCUCCAAACCAUCAAUGCCUUAGAGGAAGAAAGUCGUGGCUUUCCUACACAAGUAGAAAGAAUUUUUCAGGAGUCUGUGUAUAAGACACAACAAACUAUAUGGAAAGAGACAAGAAAUAUGGUACAAAGACAAUUUAUUGCCUGAGAUGAAACACAAAACAUGUGGCUGGCUCCUGUUUUGUAAACUAAAUGAUUAAUCUUCACUUAAGAAAGCAGUUUCUAGGAAAUGUUUAAAUAAAAGAGUCUUAUCCUUACAGAAACCUAUGGAGCACAAGAAAGAUAAAUUUCUGCAGGACAAUCUAUAAAAUUGUGGUACUUUUUGAUGAUUUAGUAAACAUGACAUUGUCAGAGUUUCAAGAACUUUUCUUUCACGAUUUUCCUAGUUCAUGGAUAUGAAAAAGGAAUUCCCAAUCCAUAUUCCUCAUAUUGAACCUUGAACAAAAGCUUGUAUGACAGAUAUUUUAAAACAUGUGGUAACACUUUUAUUUUCUGAAUUUUGAUCUCAAAGGACACAAAAAAAAUGGCCUCAAGAGAUCUGACCAUAAUUCCUCUUGAGGCACCUCUCAUGGAUGUUGCAAUAAGCAUUCGGGUACCAUCACCUAGAAAUAUGAAUUGCCAGAAUAGAACAUUUAGCAUGUUGAGUGUUGAUGCAUAUAAAAUCAGAAACAGAUAUGAGAAUGGUGGAACUUUUUUAAAAAAACCCAGUCAAAUGUAUUUUCUGCUGAAAUCUGCAUAUUCGGAGACAUUUCCUACCACCAAUUCACAGCUCAUUUGAUAGUGUGGUAGUUAGGGACUUCAUGGAGUGGUGUUCAGACGUCCCCUGGGGCUUGAAGCUCUUCACAUUAGUCAUCAUCUAUAACUAGGGCUUUAUUUGCAGAGCUUCUAAAAGGUGUAUGACUGUGUAAGUGACCAGAUGUUCACUUUUAAAAUCAAUAACCACUGUUAUGGAAGCUUUAAACAAGUUUCCCUCACACACAACUCUCCACUUAGGAAGUAUUUCUCAUUUAGAUCUUCAGAGUAGCCUGACUGUGUGCAUGUGUGUGUGUAAUGGGUUAUUUGUAAAAACUUGGCAUAGAAGGAGAUGUAUUUUAUUACCUCCUGCUCUAGAGCCCCAUGCUCCUAGCAAGCCAGAGGCCCUAAACAGGCUUGUUUCUUUCCUCCACAGCCCCUCUGCCCAUCUGAGAUUGAGGGAGCAUAGUCCACUUCAGAUCAGGAAUGGGGUGAAGAACAGGUCGUGUCAUGUAAUGAGAAAAGCACUCUUUGGGGUCAUGAGACCUGGUUCUAGUCCAGUCUCUGCCACUGAGGAUGAAUGUGACUGUGGGCAAACUAUUUACCCUUCUUUAUCUGUGAAAUGAAAGGACUGAAUUGAUGGAUCUCUAAAGGCCUUUGUCCUCUGUGAGGAUGUGAAAAACUAGAGACCACAAAAGGGAACAAGCAAAAAAGUUAGAAUUUGAUAGUGUGAUAUAUAUAUAAUAGUUGCAGAAGGCUUUACAUAUGCUUAUAACGAAAAGAUCUUUGUAUAUUCACAGCAUAAUUGAUUUUUAAUGCUGUCAUUACACUUUUAAAGUCACAGGAGAAAAUAUACAUGCUUACUCAGGUUUUCUUAAAAAUACCUUUUUAUAGAGAUCCUUGAGUAAAGACAUUUUGCCUAAUUUUUUUCUUCUUAUCUUCACUUCUGUAUCCCUACCAGUACUGGGAUCUGCACACAUCUUUUUACAGUUCAUCUCUUCAUAGCCAUGAACCAAAAUGUUCUAUGAGGAGGAUGCAAGUAAGUCAAAGCUUCUAUUCCAUUAGUAAUUAUUAGAGGAGGAGAUUUUUUUCAUUCCAUAGUGACAUUUUCUUAGCCUUAACAUUCUGAUACUACUCCCUUUUUCAGUUUUCAUAGUAACUAUUCAUGUUUUUGAAAUAAUGCUUCCUGUAAAUCCAAUUUUAUAUACUAAUACAACAUGAAGUGCCCAACCUUCUUGCCUGCUAAACUUGGGGCAACUGAUGCUAAAUGGUAUUUUUAAAAUAAAUGUUUCUAUUCUUUA